UAUAGCCACACGUAUGAGUAUUGACCUUUUGUUAGGUGUUGGGCCUUCACUCUCCUUUUUCCCAUUUCUCUGAAACACAAUUUGUGAAACCCUAACCUCAAAAACCCCUGCUCUUCCCUGGAUCUCUCUACUCACUCUUCGAGCGCAAAUCAAGUUCCUGGCGAAGGCAAAGAAGAUUAACCUUUGAAAUGAAUUCAGUAGCAAAGAAUGUAUGUAGUAUCUUCGGAAAUUGUAGUUUUGGUGGAAACAAUUCAAGUCCAUUGUUGAGUUCACUACAGCAAUGGAGAGGAAUCAAAGUUAGAGUAAGAGGUGGAAAUGUAGAACAAGCUCUGCAGAUUAUGCAAAGAAAAAUGACAUCAACUGGAAUGGAGAGAUUGGUAAAGCGUCAAGGUCAACAAACUACUCAUCUUAAGAAUUCAGAGAAGAAAGUAUUAGCUAGAAAGAAUCUUGAUCGUAGACUCAAAUCACAAGAUUUAGCUCGCAAACUUAACUCCAUCCUUCUCAAGAAAAUCAGGUCAAGUCCUUGAACGGAAGAGUACAAUCAAAGGUGCUGAUCUGGGGAAUCCCUUGAUUCAACCUGUUUAGCCAUGAAGCCUGUCACCCUCUCGAUCUUACCUGUGAGGUCUUGAAUCAAAUUGGGUAUACCAAAUUUCAGGGUUUUUCCUCCUGUAAUUUUUUUUGACAAUUUAGUAGGGUUUAAAUCCCUGGCCAAAUUGGGGUAUACCAAAUGAGACAAAACCCAGGUUAUUUAGAAGUAAAACAGGCCAACCCUUAACCAUGUAUUUUCAAAAUGGUUAAUAUACCCUUGUUUAAUUAACACUAAAAAAUCUGAUUAAUUUAAUUAAUUGAGUAGAUUAAAAUUUUGAAA